GGUGGGGCUUAACGCUUAUUACAUGAGCCUUUUUUGGCGGUGGUACCGUGGUGGUGCUAUGUACCAUAUUUGGUUUCCUCUGCCAUUCUUCUGCUCCUACUGCUUUUCUCACUCCAAAUGCUACUAACAGCAAUACUUCUACCCCCAAAUUUCCUCCCCAGCUCUCUCUCUCUCUCUCUCUCUCUAAAAACUCUUUACUCUCGGGUUGAUCCUUCGAUCAUCGCCCGAAAAGGUGUUCCACAGAAUGGGAGCAGGGAGGAAGAAAAAGACCCUCACGUUGAAAGAGAAACCCCAACCUUCUAACACAGUGAAUUGUAGUGUAUCUGCUAGGAAUCUGAGGAAGAGUGAUCUGGGUAGCAUUAUUUUUGGAUGCAAGCACAACACAAUCGCUGAAUGUUAUUCCCAACUACUUUUUGGUUUACCAGGUUCGCACUUUGCUUAUGUGAAGAACAUCAGACCUGGCAUGCCGCUUUUCUUAUUCAACUACAGUGAUAGGAAACUUCAUGGUAUUUUUGAGGCUGUUAGCGCCGGACAAAUGAAUAUUGAUCCAUACGCGUGGACUGGUGAUGGUGCAACAAGCACCCCAUAUCCUGCACAGGCUCGUGUCCGAAUUGAGAAGCAGUGCCAACCCUUGAAGGAAGAUCAAUAUAGUCCAAUAAUCGCAGACAACUACUAUGAGCCAAGGCUCUUUUGGCAAGAGCUUGACCGAAAUCAAACCAAAAAUUUAAUCACCUUGUUUUCACUGUCACCUGUUGAUGUGAGUACCCGACAUGACAUAGCUAGGCAUAAUACCCGUCCAUCAAAAAAACAAAACAAAGCUGAGUGCAAUACCCUUGUAAGGGCGUUGCCCAAAUCCAAAACAAGUCCAUUUAUUGCUGAUGUUGAGCGUAAUACAGUUGUAGCUAGUUCAAGUACUUCACAUCAACCCAAAACAUGGAGUUCAUUAUUCAAACAUUCCACUUCUACUGAAACAUUUAAGGAGGAUGAAGAUUCAAAGACACAACCUUCAGAUUCAACUUUAGCACAUUCCAAUCUCUACAACAUGGAGUGCAAGUCUUCAUCUAUGAUGCCUUGUCUGGAAGGAGAAAGCCAAAACUUUGAAGCUCUUCAAGAGGAUUCAGCAAUGUGGAAUGAAGAGCGAAUACGUGCGGGCUCAGAAUCAGGAGAGGAAGUGUCUUCCUCUUCCUUUCAAGAGGGGACUAUCUUUGAAGCUUUAGUUAAUGAUACAAAACAGGAAGGUGAACAUGGUGACACCGUAGUUUUGUGCGAGAAUCUCCCACGUUCAGAUGGUUCUGACAUGGGAUGGGACUCAGCAUGUGCUACACCUCAUAUGAGUGGAGAAAUUCAGCCUUCAGACGCUUAUAUGUGUGCCGAUGUGACAAAAGAUGUGGCAAAAGUUGAUGAGGAAGAAGUUUCGGAACAUUCUUACUCUUCUCCUGAUAAUCAUGAGGAAGCAUCUGACAGGGUAGAUUCAGAAAGGGGAUGUUCUUCAGAAGCGUUGGCAGUUGCAGAUAUGGAGUCUGUUGUUGCUAAGAUGAUAGAAGAAAUUGUAGGGUUGAAAGAUUCUCAAUUAAAACAAGUACAGAAAAUUGGUUCUCUGGAGAAGGAGCUGGUUGAAUCCAAGGCAGAAAUACAGAAACUGAAAAACAGAUGUGAUCUAUUGGAAUCUGGGUUGCUUCCUCAAAUUGGGCAUGUUCAGGAAGCAGUUAUUAAGACAAUUGAUGAUACGAUACUUCUAGUUGGAGGAUUUGACGGUUGUUCUUGGUUAUCAGCUUUGGAUUCCUACUCUCCUUCUCAGGACACAAUGAAAUCUCUUAAGCCAAUGACCUUUCCUCGCUUAUAUGCCUCAGCAGCAACUUUGGAUGGUGAACUUUACGUAUUUGGUGGUGUAGAUGCUGGUACAUGGCAUGACACUGUUGAAUCAUACAACCCAACAAAUGAUCAGUGGGUUAGUCGUCCUUCAUUAAACCAGAAGAAGGGAAAUCUAGCUGGAGCUUCUUUAUACGGGAAAAUUUAUGCAAUUGGAGGUGGAAAUGGAGUUGAAUGUUACGCCGAGGUGGAAAUGUUAGACAUGAACAUUGGGAGGUGGAUCACCACUCGGUCAAUGCUACAAAAGAGAUUUGCUCCAGCGGCAGCAGAAAUUAAUGGUACACUCUAUGUCGUGGGUGGAUAUGAUGGAAGAAAUUACUUGAAUUCCGUGGAAAGAUUUGAUCCACGAGAGCACUCGUGGACAAGGGUAGGAAGUAUGAGCACGAGGAGGGGAUGUCAUUCUGUGGCCGUGGUGAAUGGGAAACUAUAUGCUUUGGGUGGAUACAAUGGGGCUGAAAUGGUCCCAACCGUCGAGAUUUUUGACCCUCGCCUUGGUUCGUGGAUGCUAGGGGAACCCAUGAACUAUGCUAGGGGAUAUUCUGGAGCUGCCGCUAUUGGGGAGAAAAUCUGUGUCAUUGGUGGUGUGAAUGAAAGUGACAAGAUACUUGACACGGUUGAAUGUUAUAACGAAGGUUGCGUUUGGGAGGUGACUAAUCUGAAAGCUGUUGGCAAAAGAUGCUACUUCUCUGCCAUUGUCUUGUGAGUUGUGAGUGAGUUCGGCUGCGGUCCUCUUUUUAAGUACGCCUCGGUAAUUUCUGUUAGUCUGUCCUAUACUGAAAGCGGUUUGUAUUAGAGUCUGUCCUUACACUAGUUACUUCUGUCCUCAGACCCCAGGGUUUAUAGUGAAACUGUGCUUAGAGUUAUAGCAAUCUGCUUUAUCUACUGGGGUUGGACAUUGGACCUAGUAUGCUUGGUUGUAUGUUGUUGGCCAAAAUGAAGAAUAUCCCUUCAUACCGGCUUCAAAUUUGUAAUGCAUUUUGCAGCAGAAAAUUCUCAAAGCCACCCGCAUGAACAGUGUUCCGUGUGAGACGGGUUAUAGUUCAAACUUCGUCUCUGGUUUUAGGUUUUUGUUCUGUUUUGGGUUCCUACUCUUAAUGCAGUAAAUAUACAAAAUGGGGGUGGAGUUUUCAGAGUGCA